CCUUCUCUCCCCGCCUUCUGUUUCCACUCCCACUCACCACAGUCUCGGAGACUCUCUCCAUUUAUUUUGCAUAUAUAUACACAAGCAGUUUCUGCUUCUGUCUGUAAGAUGCUGUUGGGUAAGCGAGCGAGGGGUCCGAUGAGGAGGACAACAAGCAUGACGGGGAUCAACAUGGAAGCAUCGGGGCCGUCCGAUCCUCCGGAGAACCACCUGGCGAUGAACGGUUCUGACGCCGGAGAUGCGGAUGCUUCCAUGAGUGUGGUAGUGGGUGGGCUUGAUCACGGCCGCCUGAUGGCGAUGGUGUCUCCUAGGUACCAGCGGCCAUCGCCCGCCGGCGGCGAUUCUGGUUUUGCUAUGGAGACGGCUCCCUUUUUGCUCAGGUGUGGACUGUGUGGACGCCGUCUCGCACCUAGCCGUGACAUCUACAUGUAUAGGGGGGAUACGGCAUUUUGCAGUCAAGAAUGCAGAGAGCAGCAGAUGAAGAAUGACGAGAGGCAAGAGAAAUGCUCCAUGGCAGCUUCCAAGAAAGAUAAUGAAAACCACCGCUACCGCAGCUCCGCCGCCGCCGCGGCGACUUCAGAAGCUUGAAACUUGGCUUUUGGCUGUUGUGAUUGUCUGGCUUUAACUUAAUUACUUGGGGGAGCUGCUUGCAGUAUGUUAGCUUGAGAAACAUAUACAUAUAUGUAGAUGGGGCGUCAACAGCGCCACCAAUUACCACUUUAAUUAAUGGUGAUGAAUGAUCAGAUAUAUGUUGAUGAAAGAUAAUUAAAGAUAUGUGUAUUGACGGAA